UUGUGAUAGCUGAGGUGUUUGUGUGUGUUUCCUGUUGUGUCACAUUGUUUGGGGAGAAGAGCAGAUCACCGUGAGAGAAGUCAACUCUCUGAACACUUUAAACGGAUGGUGAUCUGACACAGUUAUGGCUGCUGCAGGUAAUACAUGUACAUUUAAAUGGGUGAGACGUGCAGAACGUGUUUGUGGAGGUGUUGUUGUCUUUGUGCAGGAGUGUGUUGUUCCAGGCUGGAGGAACCGAAGGCCCUGAUGAAGAUGGGUCUGUGCAUGGUCCUUAUUGGUCAUGUGAACUUCCUGUUGGGAGCGCUGGUGCACGGCGUGGUGCUCAGACACAUCAACCUCCACAAGCAGGCCCGGGCCAUGGAGUACGCCAUCUCCAAUGUGGUGGCUCUCACCUGCGGCCUGGUGGGAAUCGUUGUUGGCAUUCUGGCUAUCGUCCUGUCUAAGAACAAGAAGAGUAAAGGCCUGACGUGGUCACUCUUCUCAGUCAGUUUGGUGUCAGCAGUCAUGGCGCUGGCUUCAGUCAUCGGACUCCUCGUGUCCGUGGUGAGGGCCAUCAUUCAUGGCGGGCGGAGCCUCCUGACUCACUGCCGCUUCCCCGAUGCCAUCGGCUACUCCAGCAUCACCAACGAGUGUCCCUUUGACCCCACACGUAUCUACAGCACCACUCUGAUCCUUUGGUUGCCUCUGAUAGUGACCUGUAUCACCCAGAUGGUGUUUUCUGCCCAGUGCUUGGCCGUCUGCACCUCCUUCCUGGGCCUGCCGUGUUGUCGGAACCGGAAGAAAUCAAAAGCCUAUGGCAGAGCGAUCAAUGUGGUGAGGCCGAUAGAUGUAGAAGCUGCUUCCUCUCGCCACACAGAACCACCAAGUAGCUCCGGUGAACCUUCAACACGCUAUUCUGAACCUCCUAGAAGAGGCUAUAACCAACCUCCAAAGCGGAACACUGCACCCUCGAGACCGCAGCAAAGACCUCCUCCCCCUCUUCAGCGUCCUCCCCGUCUGCACCAGAGUCUUCCUCCAUCCGAGAGGCGGCCCCUUCGCCAGCCGUACAGGGAAAGGUCAGACAGAAAGAGGCCGGAAAUGAGGGCUGGCAGCGAGCAAACGGCACCGGAGCAACACCAGCUGCUGGAGCGGGGCACAGUGGAAAGGUCCAGCUUCUGGAUUUAGCAACAUUUGACAGGUGGGAGCUUGUUGAAGAUGAAGGGCUGCGCGUCUAUGCACCGUAGCGUCAAAUCUCAUUCACUGUUUUCCCCCUCAGAGCUACAGACUCUGAGGUGUUUUUAUUUAGCAGUUCAGCGGACUGAAUCUGAUGCAUGAAACGUCUGCAGCUCAGAGGAUCUUUGCACUGUGUGUGGAAUCCCUGUUAUUUGAGACUGUGUGUGUGUGUGUGUGUGCACUCUUUUUACGUUUUGUGCUUUUAAUGGCUAAAUUAUUCACAACAGGAUAGAAAGAGGAGACAAAUCCUCUAAAGUCAGGACACGGUUCCAAUUGUUGCUUUUACAAGGACACAGUGAUGAAAUAUUGCAACACUUUGGGAAAUGCACCUAUUCUCUGUAGUUAGGAUAAAAUGAACUUGACAUUACAUGAAGACCUGAAAAUCAUGACUUUACUGUUGAGAUUUAUAUGAGGAUGAUGGAGGUCGGAGAAAUGUCCAACACAGAACACACUGUAUGUUUGUGUGCGUGCCUUCCACCUUUUACCUGUUUUUGCAGGAUGGAACCAAGUUUGCAUUUUUCAGUAAUAUCAGGAAUAGUGAGUGUGUUCGUUCGUAGCAUUUUCUGCAGUUAGGUCGACAAAAACCAGUUUCAUGAGAAACCAGCAGUGCCAGAUUUUGUAUUUAUUUCCUGAGUAAAUAAAGUUUUUAUUCAAAAA